CCACAACCUCCCACAUCUUUAGGGGAAGCAGCCAAAAUAAAGAAAGUUGUUACAACUCUGGCUUUGAUCUCUUUCAAAUUUGCUUUCUUCCCAUCCCAUCCUCCUCACUCGAUUCGUCAAAUAGCUCUCCCUCUGUCUUUCCCUUAGAAGGAUCUCUCUCCUCCCUUUCUCAGGUCUUUCAUUUCUGCCUAAGAAAGAGAGAGAGAGGGAGGGAGGGAGAGAGGGAGACGGAGAGAAAUGUCGUUCGCAGGUACGCAGCAGAAAUGCCAGGCAUGCCAGAAGACAGUCUAUCUGGUUGAUCAGCUUGUUGCUGAUAAGCGGAUCUUCCACAAAGCCUGCUUCAGGUGCUACCACUGCAAGGGAACCCUCAAGCUUGGCAACUAUUGCUCUUUUGAAGGAGUUCUUUACUGCAGACCUCACUAUGAUCAGCAAUUCAAGAGAACUGGUAGUCUAGACAAAAGUUUUGAAGGGACACCCAAGAUUGUAAAGCCGGAGAAGCUCAUUGAUCCUGAGACACAGAAUAAAGUGACAAGCGUGUUUGUGGGCACAAAAGAUAAAUGUGCUGCAUGCAAGAAGACCGUUUAUCCAAUUGAAAAGGUUGCUGUCGAUGGAAGUGCAUAUCAUAAGAGCUGCUUCAAAUGCAGCCAUGGAGGGUGCACUAUCAGCCCAUCUAACUACGUUGCCCAUGAGAAAAAUCUAUACUGCAAGCACCACCAUGCGCAACUGAUCAAAGAGAAGGGGAACUUCAGUCAGCUUGACAAAAGCAACGAGACGGUUGCUACUGAGACGCCAGCCAGCAGUGAAGCUGUUGCGUGAUUAUUGAUGAUGCCGGCUUUCAUUUUUUCCUCUCUUUUUCCUUUUUGGUGUUCUGUUACAUCCUUCUCCGCUCUUUUUUCUUGGUAUGAUGUCAUAUAAUCAUGUUUCCUUGUGUGUAAUAGACUGAAAGAAUAUAUACUGCAAAGCUCCUGAGUGUGGUUUUUGCUCC